GCGCGCGUCUCCGCCUCUCUCAUCAUUCCGAUCGCUCGCUCCCGCUUGCGGAUGCGCGCUGUCCCCGCUCCGUAUCUUCCUCCGUCGCGGAAAAACACGGAAGAUUAACCACAACCCCCAACAAUGGGAGGAUUUAACGCGUAAGCAGCCGCUGCUCCGUUGCACUUCAAGUCAAACCGUACGCGUUUGGGGUUUAUUUCCCCCCACCGUGAAAAUGGCGACGGGUGCAGGCUGGCAGCCUCCGUGCAACACCAAAUACAACAUUACCCCGUCUCCAGCGUCCGGCAUGUUCUACGACGGGAGUUUGACGCUGGAAUACACCCAGGACCUGCACCUGAAGAUGAGCAAGAAGAUCGCGCAGCUGACCAAGGUCAUUUAUGCGCUCAACACCAAGAACGACGAGCACGAGGAGGAAAUUGAGUCCCUGAAAGAUGCCCACGAGGACGAGGUCCAACACAUUGUGACCGAAACCAGAGACAAGAUCAUGCAGUACAAGAGUAAGAUGGUGGACGAGGCGGACCUGAGGCGGCGGCUGGCCAGUCUGGAAGAAUCUGUCGAACUCCACGAACACAUGAAGAGACAGGCUUUAGCAGAGUUUGAGAUGUACAGACAGAGAAUGGAGGAUUCACAGCUCUGCACCGAGGCCCAGCACACACAGAGAGUGGUUUCUAUGAGCAGAGAGGUGGAGGAGAUGCGUCGGGAUUUUGAGGAGAAGCUGCGGGCGUUCAGCCAGACUCAGGCCCAGUUUGAGGCGGAUAAACGGCGAGCGCUGGAGGAGCUGAGGGCCACCCACCGCCACGAGGUGGAGGAACUCCUCAACAACCAGCAGAACCAGAGCGCCACCUCCACCGAAGACCAGGAGAAACUGGCCGAGCUCCAUAGACAAGAGGUGGAGGCACUGAUGGAGAGGGUGGAGGAGAUAACGAGGGAUAAGGUCCGUCUGGUGGAGGAGUACGAGGCCAAGCUGGGCAAAGCUCAGGAGUAUUACGAGAGGGAGCUGGAGGCCAUGAGGAGAACACACCAGCUCACCACGGAGAACCUGCUGGCCUGGAAAAGGACCGAGGUGGAGCUUCGUAAGGAGUUCCAGGCUCAGGAGGCAGCGCUGCAGCGCUCGCUGUCCAAGCUGAGGAGUGAGCUCCAGAAAGCGCACGAGGAGGCCAGGGAGAACCGAGACAAGACCAACAGACUGCAGACGUCGCUGGCCAACGCAGAGGGAACCAUCAAGAACCUGCACAAGCAGCUGGAAGAGGCCAUCCAGGACGGAGAGAUCUGGGUGAUGCAGCUGAAGGACACCGAGUAUGAACUAGACGGCAGCAGGGAACGAGUUCAACAGCAGGCUACUGAAAUCCUCCAUAAAGCCAGUCAGAUUGGCUCCUUGCAGGCCACCCAGAUGUCCCAUGAGGCGACCAUCAGGAGCCUGGACCAGGAGCAGAGCCGGCUGAAGGACAAGCUCAGCCGGCUGGACGAGGAGAGGGAGGCUCUGCUCAACCAGAGCCAGGCCUCCAACGAACAGCACAAACAACAAGUGCUGAAACUCGAGCAGUCUCUGCGUGAGGAGCACCAGGGUUAUGAGAAGGAGCUGUGCAGGCUGAGAGCGCACUACGAGGAGGAGAUGCAUCGCUUCAAGGAGGCGCAGGUCAGAGCGCUGGAGGAGUUGGAGGGGAAACACCAGGCCAUGAGGGAGGAGGCCCAGCAGGAGAAGGAGGACGAGACGUCGGUCCUCAUGACGAAAAUGAGUCAGGAGUUCGAGAUCAAGCGUCUGUCAUUGGAGGAGCAGCGAGACCGCCUCCAGCAGCAACUCGACAACUUGAAAGAGGAGCUCUCGGCCAAGCUCAAUAUGGCCAAUCAGGAGGUGUCCCACCUCCAGGAGCUGGUGAGGGAAGGCGAGCAGAACAUGGGUUCAGCUCAGACGCAGAUCAGCUGUCUGAGGGAAACGCAGGAGAAACUCAAGAUUGAACUUGACGCUACUAGAGCUCGCGUCCGAGAGACCAGCAACCUGCUCACUGACCUACAGGAGGAGAUCGAGACCCAGAGACAGCAGCAUGACGCCAGAGUGAUGUCCAUCAGAACAGAAGAGAAACAGAAGAUGGACAAGAUGGCGGAUGACUUGGACCAGAAAUGGAGAGAUGCACUGCGGGAGGAGGUGCGUCUGCUGAAAGACGAGCUGGCCGAGGAGUACGAGGCGGACAAGCAGGCGGCGCUGACUCAGAUCUCCCAGCAGAAAGAACUGGAGAUGAUGGCGGCAAGAGAGGGCUGGCAGAGGAAGGUGGAAGACCUGCUGGAACAGGUGAAACACAUGUACUCGUACUGCUUAAAGACACAACACAAGAUCUCUCUCUUGAAACAGUCUCUGGAGCUGCAGUUGUCUCAGUCCCAGUCAGCCCUCCAGCAGCUGCAGUCUCAGUUCAACCAGGAGAGGGAGCUGCUGAGCCAACAGCUGAAAGAGAUGCAGAGAGAACAUCAGAGGCGAGAGCAUCGAUUACAGGAGGCUCACUGCUGCGCCCUGAGCACCAUGGAGGAGGCCAGGCAGCACCAGAUAAGGGCCCUGGAGGAGCGUCUGAAGCAGGAGCAGAGGGAGGAGGUCCAUGCUCUGAAGGAGGCCCACAGGAGGACCUUUGACAUCCUGAGACAGCAGUCAGACCAGGAGCUGCAGACGCUGCGAUUUGAGCUGGAGGACGAGGGGAAAGCCAAGCUGGCAUCUCUUCGGGCAGAGCUGAACCACCUCCAUGCUGCGUCCAUAGAGCAUCUAAAGCAGCUCCACCAUAAAGACAACACUUGCGUCAAACGAGAUCUAGAGAGCGCGAUGGAUCACAGCCACCAGCAGGAGCAGGAGCUCCUCGCUCGUCUCUCAGACCUGCAAGCGGAGCUGUGUUCCCGAAGCAAUCGCAUCACCGAUCUGGACCAUGAGAUCCACUCUCUGAACGAGACCAUCGACACUCUGACCAGAGAGCUGGAGAUAAAGGGCAAAGAGGUGCUGCGGGUUCGCAGUGAAGCUAACCAUCAGAUAAGGGCCCAUGAGCAAGACCUUUCAAAGAGACAUGAGAGGGAUCUGGGGGAGAUGAGCAUACUCCACCACAGAGAAACACAGAUCAUGCUGGCUGACUUCAGCAAGGCCCAGGAGGUCCUCAAAGACAAGAUCACUGCGCUGCAAAUACUGCUGCAGGGGACGGAGGACAAGCUCCGAAACAGAGAAAGCCGACCAGAAGACCUGCGUGUUAUCGCAGAGCUCAGAGAGAUGGUCACCGAGAGAGAAGCUCUGGUGAAGAAGCUGGUGGACGACAAGAAGUUCUACCAGCUGGAGUUGGUCAACAGAGAGACGGGCUUCAGCAAGGUCUUCAACUCCAGUGCCAACGUCGGUGUGAUCAACCCUCUUAUCAAGCCUUCCUGAGGCCAACGCCACGACGCCAUCCGACAUGAGAGCGGUGGAGGCGGGAAAAAGCAAAGAACAGGUCGUGAAAGAAGAGGACCUGUACGCCCAGUACUUCACUUUCUGACCGGCAACAACAACAAAAAAGAAAAUCUGUCAAAAAGAAUCAGGUAAUGGGACAGAGAGCUAAAGUUGGACUGCAAUCACACUGUCGAUUUUGAAAGUAAUUUGGGCGACAUAACUGCUAUUCACAGCGCUCCCAUCCAUCAUGUGCAGCAGUGAGAUUCCAGCGUGACUGCAACCUUAGGGCUUCCAUACAUGGUGAGCGUGACAAGUAGUGCUGCUUGUCGGAGCGUCACCAUGAAAGUGUGCAUGGUAGCAGAAUAUAAACGCUUUUAUACCACGUGCAUUUGUGCAAAACGGGACAUUUGUAUGAGCUGUAAUGUGCCGAGAGAUGCAUGUAAUCUUACAAGUUGAAAGGACUUCAUCACCCGUGCAUUUUUUAAUUUUGGUAACCUUAGACCCAAAAGUUAAACUUAAAAAUGUAGAAUAGGUUGAAAACAAACUCCAGGUUAGUUAAAGUUAUUUGGAAGAGAAAAUAAAGUCCAACAGUAAAAUUAUUACCAUUAUUAUUUGAUGAAAUUUCCAGUAGAGAGAGCAGUGAAUAAUAAUAGUGAGUAAUUGAUCUGAAUUAUCCUUUACGAAAUAUAAUAACAAUGAUUUCCCCUCUCCUCUCCGGCUUCUUAAGCUCAUACAAAGACGUCGCCAACAGUGUUGCAGAGAGUAUAAAGUGUGACACAAGUAACUGUAUAUUAGGAGGAAAUGUUUUCAGCUCCAUAUAAGAUAAGUUUUUUGUUUUUCAAUACAUCAACAUGUGUCUUACAAAGCUGUAAUCUGACUGGAAGUGUUUUGAAAGUUUAGCCAGGAGGACAGAGUGAUUUCUGCCUUGAUACUCGCCUUCAGUCGCUCAUGUUGUCUCCAUGUGUAAAUAUAUACACGCAUUCAUGUCUUUGAGGAAGAAAAGGACAGACCCAGCUGUUGAUUCUGGUUGUUUUUUUUGGACUCUACCGUACGAUGAACUACAGUAUCCCACAAUAACGACACCAGCAAAAAAAAAAAAAAAGAGUAACUUUAGCUUGCUGUCCCAGUGCGUUGACCGUGUACAUACAGUUCAUGUUUGAAAGUCCUUUUCAAACCUCUGAACUAGCUAAAGGGGCGCUUGAUUUGCAUUCCCAUAAACACGUCAACAGGCCCAGGAGGGGAAACAUCAAGAGGAAGUGAAUCAAGCGCCCCUGGUGUUUUUUAUUAUUCCAGUAUUUAUAAUGUAACAAGCUACUGUUUUUCUACGGUCUGUUUGUGAUGCCAGUGGACGAGAGACACGCAGAGAGAGAGAGAGUUCUGUCAGCGACAUGGAGAACUUUUUUUUAAUGCCGAGGAGCUCGUGUCGGUGACUGAAGUCUGUUGCCGUGUGUCUCUGCCUGUGGGGCAGGCCAUAGAGCAUGUGAAAACAGAACCACCGCCAUAACCCUGCUGUCACUCACUUGAAAUCCUCACAUCUCCGUUUUUUGUUUUUUUUGGUGUACCGUCUUCUUUUUUACUUGACUUGAAAGUUUACAUAGUUCUCGUGCUGCGUAAUUUUCACUACCUGAAGGUCCGUGAAGUCCAUUCGGUAAGGAUGUACAGUUUCCAAACUGCAUGGUCAUCAUCAGCCUGAAAGAGGCUGUGUUUAUUACUUCUCGAAGAGCGGGACGCGAGGUCUUCCUCUCACGCUGACGCCACCGGGGUGCGUUCAACAACAACAACAACAACAACACAAACGGAUCAAGCUUCACGACGGCAUCAAUCGAUGGUCGUCUUCCAUAUCAGUCAACUGGUUAUGGUUCAGGAAGUGUUUGUACUUUCAUUGUUUGAGUUCAUGAAUCACACAAUAUGUCAGAUGCACCUUAAUGAAACAAUCCAACCACAAAGAAUUGAAUACAUUCUCCAAAAACACUCAAAUAUAUAUGUUUAUAUAUAUUUAUAUCUUACCCAGAGCCACAUUCUUAUCUGACUGCAUGUAAGAUCAUA